GGAAAUAUGCUCAUCACAUUCACAUACAAUGAAAUGCCAUUCUUCCUAACCCCCCCACUCAAACUCCCAUAUCUUUGUAUUUUAUGUGAAUACACCAUGAGAUUCUCUCCUUCAAAUUCUUAUAAAUACCCUUUCUCUCUACCCUAAGUUUAUGUAUUAUUUCACCCUUUUCUUGCUUAAUUAUCAUUAAGAUUUAUUGCUAAUCACCCUCCAUAUUAAAGAAAAUGGAUGCUAUUGUGAGCUACAAUGGAGCCAAGUAUGACUGCCUACUUUUUGAUUUGGAUGAUACUCUGUACCCAUUGAGCUCAGGGGUGAACUUAGCUUGCAGAAAGAAUAUAGAAGAUUACAUGCUAAAAUACUUGCAUAUGGAUGAAAGUGAGGUACCAAGGAUGUGCUUAGAGUUAUAUAGAGAAUAUGGCACCACUAUGGCUGGUCUUAAGGCACUUGGGUAUGAAUUUGACAACGAUGAAUUCCACGAGUUUGUUCAUGGGAAUUUGCCUUAUGAAACACUCAAGCCUGAUCCUGUGUUGAGAAACCUUCUGCUUUCGACUCCUCAGCGUAAAAUUAUAUUCACCAACUCUGACAAAGGGCACACAGCUCGUGUGCUUAACAAACUCGGUUUAGGAGAUUGCUUUGAGGGAAUAAUAUGCUUUGAGACCCUCAAUCAUGUAGAUGAUAAACCAAUCUCCAAGUCACAUAUUUUGUGUAAACCAUCUGUAGAAGCGAUUGAAGCUGCUGUAAACAUCGCCAACUUAGAUCCUAAAAGAACAAUAUUCUUUGAUGAUAGUGCUAGAAAUAUUGCAAGUGGGAAAGCGGCUGGACUUCACACUGUUGUUGUGGGGAGAUCAGAUCUUGUUGAAGGGGCUGAUUAUGCAUUAAGGAGUAUCCACAACAUGAAAGAAGCACUUCCUGAAAUCUGGGAAGCUGAGACUAAGGAUCACCAUGAUCAAAUCCUUCAGUCCGCGGCUGUUGAGACUGUUGUUCGAGCUUAAUAUAUAAAUCCACCCUAUCAUCCAAAUCCUCUCCACCUCAGAACAAAAAACGUGACAACAGUAAAGCCUUGGAUUUGUGUGGAAGUUUUUAUCAGGGGUGAAGUUUAUAACUGUUCUGAUGUAAUAUUAUGAUCUAUUGCAUGCAAAAUUAACAACAUAUCAGUCAAUUGCAUGUACGUAAUUGCUUGUAUCAACUUGCUAAAUGUACAAGAUUAAUAAAUGUCAAGGUAUGCAGCAUAUUGCAGUGUUUUCUGCUGAUCUA